AUGGUUUUGCCAGUAACCACCGCUAAUAAUGUCAAGGUAUAUACCAUUUCAGGUGGCCUUGGUUCGAGAUCGAUUCCCGACUGGCUUGUCCGAAAGAAGAAGAAAGCCUUGAAGAAAGAUUUCGAAUAUCGUACACGGGUGGAACUCAUUCAGGAAUUUGAGUUUCCCGAGGCUUCCAAUCGUAUCAAGACCACUCGGGACGGCAAAUUCGUCAUGGCCACCGGUACAUAUAAACCGCAAAUGCGAGUGUUUGAGUAUGCGGAAAUGUCCAUCAAGUUUGAACGUCAUACCGAUGCAGAAACGGUCAAUUUUGAGAUCCUUUCGGACGAUUGGACAAAAUCCGCAUUACUACAAAACGAUCGAUCGAUCGAACUUCACGCUCAAGGCGGCAUUCAUUACCGUACACGUAUUCCCAAGUUUGGUCGAGAUUUAGCCUACCACUUCCCUUCGUGCGAUUUACUUGUCACUGCCUCAUCACAAGAAGUGUAUCGAUUGAAUUUGGAUCAAGGUCGAUUCUUGAAUUCCAUCCAAACCGACGCCACGGAAGGUAUUAAUUGUGUCGAAAUCAAUCCCGCCCAUCAGUUGUUCGGUUUCGGUACAUGCAAUGGCACUGUGGAAUUGUGGGAUCCACGCUCCCGUUCCCGCGUAGGACUGUUAUCCAAUAUCCAAGUCCCUGCCAGUUUCGGUGACCUCGAUGCCGGUCCUUUGGAGAUCACCGCCCUCAAAUUCCGUCAGGACGGUUUAACCAUGGGUGUCGGUACCAACACCGGUCACACAUUACUGUACGAUUUGCGUUCCAGUGUACCGUACAUUGUGAAGGAUCAUCAGUACGGCUUCCCUAUCAAUUCCAUUCAUUUCCAUACCGGCGCAGCAGGUACAGGAGAGGACGGUUCAGGCGAUAAAGUCAUUGUGGCCGAUCGCAAAAUUGUCAAGAUCUGGGAUCGAGCCAACGGCAAACACUUUACUUCCAUCGAACCCGAGACCGAUAUCAACGAUGUGUGUGUGGUGGAGAACAGUGGUUUGCUGUUCACGGCCCAAGAAGGCAUUCAAAUGGGAUCUUACUACAUUCCUCAACUGGGACCCGCACCACGAUGGGCCUCCUUCUUGGACAACCUUACGGAAGAAAUGGAAGAAAACCCGAACCGCGAUGUCUACGACGAAUACAAGUUUAUUACACGCAAAGAACUCAGUGCGCUUGGUUUGGAGCAUCUCAUGGGCACCAACGUCCUCAAGGCUUAUAUGCACGGUUUCUUUGUCGAUUUGCGACUGUACGAGAAGGCCAAAUUGAUUGCCAAUCCGUUUGCGUAUGAUGAUUACAAGGAACGGGCGGUGCGUGAAAAGAUUGAAAAGGAGCGUGCUUCCCGUAUUCGUGCCGUUCACAAGCUGCCGAGCGUGAAUAAACAGCUGGCCAAGAAAUUACUGGAAGAAAAGGACAAGAAAGAUAAGAAGAAGAAGAAGAAGGAGGAAGUCAAUGUCAUGGAAGAUGAUCGUUUCAAGGAUCUGUUUAUGGAUCCCGACUUUGAAGUGGAAGAAAGCUCCAGAGAAUAUCAACUAUUGCAUCCCACCAAAGCAGCAAGACGAAUGCAAGAUUCGUCCGAUGAAGAAGAAGAAGAAGAGCAAGUGGAAACUGUGGCGGAGCCGAUGGAGGAAGAUGGAUCAAUGGAUUCCGAUGACAGUGAUCGUGGUGGUGACUCUGAUGACGAUAUUAUCUCCCAGAUUCGCAAAGAACGUGGGCUGGAAGUGCGCGAUAGAAAGAUCUCGCAAAAGACGAUCCGUACAGCAUCGAAUAACAAGAAACCCAACAAGCGGAAACCUGAGAUGCGGAUGGGUUCAGGCAAUGGACGCAUGGUCAGCAAGAACGACAGUCGCAAAUCGUUUGCUGCACGGGUUCAGUCGGCUGACAAGCAUCACAAGAAUACUGGCCACCGAGUAUCACGUACCGCAAUGGGCGGUAUGGAAAUGACCUUUACACCGACAAGAAAGAGCCGACGAGGAGGACGACCCUAG